AUGAGACACUCUCGAGAGGGAUCGAACUCCUGUCAGGACACUCAAGCGAUCUUCCUCGUGGUGAUCAUCGUGCUGCUGUUCAAGAUGGGGGACGCCGCGCCCACCACAUCCUUUAUGCCCUCGCAGCCCUAUGCCAACUACGGGAGUCCGAUUGUGUCCACGAGCACCGUUCAAGCAGCGUCCCAUCCUGCACCUUAUGUUUUGCCAAGUAUGGGCUACCCUCAGUAUCAGCAACACCCACAGACAGCCGUCCCUCAGGUACCCUUGGCUCAGGAACACAUGCCUCAGGCGCCCAUGCCUCACGCGCCCAUGCCUCAGGCGCCCAUGCCUCAGGCGCCCAUGCCUCACGCGCCCAUGCCUCAGGCGCCCAUGCCUCACGCGCCCAUGCCUCAGGCGCCUAUGCCUCAGGCGCCCAUGCCUUUGAAACCGAGUUGUUAA